AUGAAUCACUGGACGGUCGCGAAUUUUAUUUGGAUGUAUGGCACAUCACUGUACCUCCAUCACCAACGCCUCUCGGCGCUGGCAGAGACCCUACCAAACGAAUUCCAACGCGUCCGCCGUCGAAGCAUGUACCUAUCGUUAGCCCUACAGAACUUCGGCGAAGCUUUGCGCGAAAUCGAAUUUAAGGACCUUGAGCCUAACCAUCGACGCAACCAAGAUGUACUCGAGAUGGUUGAGAAGGAGUCAAGCGCUCUGUUCGAGGUCGUUCGUGGGAUGCAGGAGCUCAUGAAAAUACCCGAUUCAGGAGUUUGGGACAGUAUCUAUUCAUGGAUUGGCUUCUCCUCACCCCCUAAAGAAUGGCAGAUGAAGAGUGACCGUUUGCUUUCUGAGAUUGAAGAGAUAGGGUUUGCCCUCGAAAGCAUCAACCAUGUCGUCACAGCUUGCAACGCAAGGAAGUUAAGCGAGCUCUCCGACGGGCUUGAACAACUCAAAAUAAGACAGAGCGACACAAUCAAGCGCUUUAGAUUAUGGUUUCAGGGGCAACGGUGGUCCAGGAUUCGCUCUCGCCACGUGAUGACGGCGGAUAUAGGAAAAGACCCAAAGCUUGGAUUCCUUGACGACACAACGGCCGUGAUCCUUGUCGGAGAGAUCGGAAAUGUGGAUAACAUACUCGCGUUCUUCAUCUGGUACGCGAAAGAUGGAAAGAAGACUCGAUUUUACAAAGAGGAAGAGUUAAUCGUUCUAGAGAAAGAUCGAUUAACUCUCGAGUUCCGCAACCCAAAGGGCACGUACAUUCCUCAAAUCGCCUUACUGGCGCCAGUAAUAACAGUUGUUCAGGGACAUAUCUCCUAA